ACCCCAAUCGUGGUUAACCGAAAGAGUCAAAUGUGCAUCUUCUGAUGAUUGCAUUCUUAUCCAUUUCCCGGAACUUCGAUCCCCAAGUAUCCCUUUUUCGUUUCUGAUUCAUCUUCCGCCAUCGCCGAUUUCAUUUUCACUGCUUCCUGCCGGAGCCAUACCGCCGUCGGUCCCCUGCUCAUAGAGGCUGCUAAAUUAUGGUUUCACCAUGGCGCAGUCGUACCUUUCAGUUCAAUGAUGGCCUCUUUGUCCAGUCAACUUGUUUUCCCCUCAAAUGUUGGUUACAAGAUGUGGGAAGAUCCAUCAUUCUUCAAAUGGAGGAAGAGAGAUGCUCAUGUUCCCCUGCACUGCCAUGAUACAGUUGAAGGAUCUCUUAGAUACUGGUAUGGGCACAGUAGAGCGGAUUUUCUGGUAUCAAAUGCAGCAGUUUGGGAUGAUGACGCUGUAUCUGAGGCUCUAAGUUCUGCUGCUUUCUGGGUCAAGGACUUACCUUAUGUUCAGUCUUUGUCCGGAUAUUGGAAAUUUUUCUUGGCUCCAAAUCCCACCUCCGCCCCUUUGAAUUUUUAUGACAGUGCAUUUGAGGAUUCUACAUGGGAGACAUUACCAGUUCCUUCCAACUGGCAGAUGCAUGGAUUUGAUCGGCCUAUUUACACAAAUGUUGUAUAUCCAUUUCCACUUGAUCCGCCAAAUGUUCCAGAGGAUAAUCCCACUGGCUGUUACAGGACAUAUUUUCACCUUCCAAAAGAAUGGAAAGGGCGUAGGAUACUUCUACACUUUGAAGCUGUUGAUUCGGCUUUCCAAGCCUGGAUAAAUGGGGUUCCUGUUGGAUAUAGUCAGGAUAGUAGACUACCUGCUGAGUUUGAAAUCACAGAUUUCUGCCAUCCAUGUGGAUGUGAUGAUAAAAAUGUUUUAGCUGUUCAAGUAUUCAGAUGGAGUGAUGGUUCUUACCUUGAAGAUCAAGACCAUUGGUGGUUAUCCGGCAUUCACCGGGACGUACUUCUUUUAGCGAAGCCAAAGGUUUUCAUUGCAGACUACUUCUUUAGAUCAAACUUGAACCAAAACUAUUCCUCUGCAGACCUGCAGGUUGAAGUGAAAAUUGAUAACCCAAGGGGAACAUCAAAGGACAUCCUUGCUGACUUCACUAUUGAAGCAGCAAUAUAUGAUAAUGGUAGUUGGUACGGUAGUGAUGGACAUGUUGAUCUCCUUUCAUCUAGUGUAGCUCAUUUGCAGCUUGCUCCAUCCUCUGGUGCAACUCUAGGAUUUCAAGGAUAUUUUCUUGUAGGGCAGCUGCAAAUGCCUAAGCUUUGGUCUGCUGAACAACCGAACCUAUACAUUCUUGUAGUCAUUCUCAAAGAUGCAUCAGGGCAUGUAGUUGAUUGUGAAUCAUGCCUAGUAGGCAUAAGACAAAUAUCAAAAUCCCCGAAACAGCUGCUUGUAAAUGGGCAUCCAGUGAUAAUAAGAGGGGUAAACAGACAUGAACAUCAUCCACGUCUUGGGAAGACAAACUUGGAGGCCUGCAUGAUUAAGGAUUUGGUUCUGAUGAAGCAAAACAAUAUUAAUUCUGUGAGAAACAGCCAUUAUCCCCAACAUCCCCGAUGGUACGAGUUGUGUAGUUUGUUUGGCAUGUACAUGAUAGAUGAAGCCAAUAUCGAGACACAUGGUUUUGAUCUUUCUGGACAUGUAAAGCAUCCGACCCAGGAACCAAUUUGGGCUUGUUCUAUGAUGGAUCGCGUGAUAGGAAUGGUGGAGAGGGACAAAAAUCACACAUGUAUUAUUUCCUGGUCUCUAGGAAAUGAAUCAAGCUAUGGGCCUAAUCAUGCUGCUCUUGCUGGUUGGAUUCGUGGAAAAGAUCCAUCCAGGCUGUUACACUAUGAAGGUGGUGGAUCCAGAACCUCAUCGACUGAUAUUGUAUGCCCCAUGUACAUGCGUGUUUGGGAUAUAGUGAAGAUUGCAACAGAUCCAACAGAAUCACGACCCCUGAUAUUGUGCGAGUAUUCACAUGCCAUGGGCAAUAGCAACGGGAAUAUUAAUGAAUACUGGGAAGCAAUUGAUAGCACACCUGGCCUCCAAGGAGGCUUUAUUUGGGAAUGGGUUGAUCAGGGGCUAUUGAAGGUUGGUGCUGAUGGUAAAAAGCACUGGGCAUAUGGUGGUGAGUUUGGGGAUAUUCCAAAUGACUUGAACUUCUGUCUAAAUGGUCUUACAUGGCCUGAUCGAACUCCUCAUCCUGCAAUACAUGAGGUUAAAUAUGUUUAUCAACCAAUCAAGGUUUCAUUCCAGGAAGGGAUACUGAAGAUAAGAAACACAUACUUCUUUGAAACAACCCAAGAAUUAGAAUUCAGCUGGGCCAUUCAUGGUGAUGGAUGCGAAAUUGGAUCUGGCUUUCUUUCUCUACCAUUAAUGCAACCUCAGAGUAGUUAUGAAAUAAACUGGGAGUCUGGACCUUGGUAUUCUCUAUGGGCUUCAUCUUCUGCAGCAGAAUUUUUCUGGACGUUAAAUGUAAAGCUUAUACAUCCUACACGCUGGGUUGGAUCUGGUCAUGUCAUUUCAUCUGCUCAAGUCCAGCUGCCUGCAAAAAAAGAAUUUACUCCUCAUGUCAUCACAAUGAAAGAUACCACUUUGCAUUAUGAAAGUCUUGGAGAUGCAAUAACGAUUAGCCAUGGGAACAUUUGGGAGAUCAAAUUUAAUACUCAAACAGGAGCAUUGGAAAGCUGGAAGGUUAAAGGGGUUACAGUGAUAGAGAAAAGUGUCUUCCCAUGCUUUUGGCGAGCCCCAACAGAUAAUGACAAGGGUGGAGGUGAAAGUAGUUAUUUCUCCAAGUGGAAAGCUGCUGAUCUUGAUAACUUGCUUAUCCUAAAUGAAUGUUGUUCUAUCCAGAGCAUGACGGAACAUCUUGUAGAAAUAGCAGUUGUCUACCAUUGCAUCCCAAAGAAAGAGAAGUCUUCCACAGGAAACAAUUCAAAUGUUCUCUUCAAGGUUGACAUGAAUUUCUCAAUCUACGGUUCGGGGGAUGUCAUCUUGGAAUGUAAUGUAAAACCAAGUCCUAACCUUCCGCCUUUGCCUCGUGUUGGGGUUGAAUUCCAUUUAAACAAAUUGAUGGACAAGAUCAAGUGGUAUGGAAGAGGGCCCUUCGAGUGUUAUCCAGAUAGGAAGGCAGCUGCAAAUGUGGGGAUAUAUGAACAGAAUGUAAGAGACAUGCAUGUUCCCUAUAUUGUUCCUGGAGAAUGUUCAGGUAGGGCAGAUGUUAGGUGGGUAACAUUUCAGAAUGAUGAAGGCAUAGGAAUCUACGCUUCCAUAUAUGGCGGCUCUUCACCUAUGCAAAUGAAUGCAAGUUACUAUACUACAACAGAGCUUGACCGAGCAACACACAAUGAGGAACUCAUAAUAGGGGACGAUAUUGAGGUGCAUCUUGACCACAAGCACAUGGGCCUCGGUGGGGAUGAUAGCUGGUCUCCCUGUGUCCACGACAAAUAUCUUGUUCCUGCUUUGCCAUAUUCAUUCUCUAUUAGAUUUUUCCCAGUCACUGCAGCGACGUCUUCCCACGACAUAUACAACUCGCAGCUCUGAAAGGAUGGCUAGUGAUGCAUGAGCCAUAGGAUCAAUGUUUUUCUACCAGGUGUUGCAGUUUUUCACAAUUGGCGUGACUUUGGCUUCGUUUGGGGAACCAUGUAUCGUCUGUAUGAGCACGAAUGCGCUGAAGAACAAAAUGACAAUGCAAUCCCUUGCUGAAGUGGUUCCUUGUGUCAGUCUUGUUAUGGUAAAAAUGCUCUACAUAUCUUAAACUUAAUCAAUCUGGCUGGAGAAUAGGAAUAAUGUUAGCCAGAUUGGGUUUUCAUUAAGUCCUUUUUAUUGUGGUUUCUAUGUGGCAAGGGAGCGGACAUGAGCCAAUAAUAAUGUUUAGGUAGGUACAGAGUGAAACUUGACAAAGCAGCCUCAUACUCCUUGGCUUAUGUAAUAUAAAAGCUAUUGUUAUUUGGGAA